AUGCGGAGGGGGCAGUCGGCAGUUGAAGCCAGGAUGCCUCGGCUCUUUGAUCACCGUCGUGUUCCACCGGGGGAGAAGAGCUUUCAGACAUCAACACCCAAGUGCAGUAAUAUUGAUGGUCAACCCUUGGGUGAUGAGCGAGAUACAACCGCGACUGUCUCCGUAGGGACAGACUCAGCCCUCCAUCGAUCACACGUGACCCCCGGGGAGAUCCAUGUUGACUGCACCCUAGCGGGUCUGGGGGCAAGCUUGGACAGGCAAGGAAGAUUGUGGGUGUGUAAUCAAACGGGUCAAUCACACUUGGUGUCCUCGGGGGUGCGUCUCAGCCCUCGCGCGUUCAUCUCACACUUCCAGUGGCAGAACCAGAACACGAGGAUGCUUCUGUUGCACGUGCUGGUGUUAACUGUGCUGUGCACGUGCACACGUGCAUGGAUGACCAGGCUUGGAUCUCCGUUCCGGGUGAUAUGUCCAAGAGGCAACUCUCUGGUAGGACUGUCCAGUGUCCAUUCAAGCUGGGCGGAAGACAGAAUCUGGGACUUCCGGUGUGCGCAGACGGACACAACAGAAGAGUGUGAAUGGAACACUGACGUGAACGAGUUUGACGAGCCGUUGCUGUUCCAGUGCGGGGACAAUGGCGCCGUUAGGGGGAUAUCGGCCUACUUUAGUAUCGAGAACCGAGACAGACGCUUCAGCUACCUCUGCUGCAAGAUCCGAAAUUCCUUUUUGACGACCUGUACCUUCACGGAUUUCCUCAACGAUUUCGAUGGCGGUUUGAACUUUUUAGCGCCAAUAGGCCAGGUCAUUAAUGGAUUCUUCAGUCUCCAUGACAACGAAAGAGAAGAUCGGAUCUGGAGGGUUGAAGUGUGUGAAGUUCGACCGGAAGUUCCGGCGGUGCCGGCCGUCUCCGAAGAACCGGUAGCCAGUAGCCCCAGCUCAUCAGGAGAUAUGUCCAACUUUGAAAGGAAUGAAAUCCUUUCUAACUUUCCCCUGCCAUCCUCACUGCCACAAAACGGCGCAUCCCCUGCCGGAACAACCGAUCAAGUGCAACCGGCUUCGGGAACAACCAAUCAAGUGCAACCAGUUUCGGGAACAACCAAUCAAGUGCAACCGGUUUCGGGAACAACCAAUCAAGUGCACCCAGUUUGGGGUACAACCAAUCAAGUGCAACCGGUUUCGGGAACAACCAAUCAAGUGCAACCGGUUUCGGGAACAACCAAUCAAGUGCAACCAGUUUCGGGUACAACCAAUCAAGUGCAACCAGUUUGGGGUACAACCAAUCAAGUGCAACCGGUUUCGGGAACAACCAAUCAAAUGCAACCAGGUUCGGGUACAACCAAUCAAGUGCAACCAGUUUGGGGUACAACCAAUCAAGUGCAACCGGUUUCGGGAACAACCAAUCAAAUGCAACCAGGUUCGGGUACAACCAAUCAAGUGCAACCAGUUUGGGGUACAACCAAUCAAGUGCAACCGGUUUCGGGUACAACCAAUCAAAUGCAACCAGUUUCGGGUACAACCAAUCAAGUGCAACCGGUUUUGGGAACAACCAAUCAAAUGCAGCCGAUUAUAACCAAUCAAAUUCAACCGAUUGUAAAUCAGAAUCAGAACCGGUUUGUACCAAACAUACAAAGGAAUGGAAUGAAUUUUGGCCAAAACCAAAACCGGUUUAUGCAAAAUCAACAACUGUUUGCAAUGGGUCGAUUCACUGGCUUCCAACAACCAAACCUAAAUGGCAUGUUUUUCAGAGGUUGACAUAAUUAUGUUAUUUCUUGAGCUAGAAAUAUAGAUAUUUGUAAACAAACGGAGAAUUUCUUUGUUUUUUGGUGUAUAAAGAUGUUAGUUUCAUGUCCCCCUCCCGA